AUGGCUAGAGAUAGAGGUCGAGGUCGCAGAAGCACAGGGCAUGGAGGCAAGUCUGCAGUUACUGCAAACAUACCUAUUGUUCCCACUCCUACUAUUUUUAGUCCUCAAGAUGAUGGUAUAGGUGGUCAAAAUUAUACAAAUCAAGUUCAGCCAUUGAUUUCUCAAAUUACAUCAACGGUUCGAACUUAUGGUGAUGGUAGAAACCAUACAACACCUGAGUCAUCUCCCACUGCUCCAAAUCAAAUCAACAUAAUAGCUGAAGUUGCGCCUCAAGCAGUUGGUGGCAUAGGUGCUCCAAAUUCUAAUUAUGGUAGUAACCCUACAACACCUGAAUUAUCUCCUACUACUCUAAAUCAGAGCAACCCAACAGUUGUAGAUUGCAACCUUCUAAAGCAUGCUCCAACAGCAUACACGAGUCUUUCAAAAGUGAACUUGAUCACAAUGGAGUCAAUUGGAAAGAAAUACUUCUAUUGGGAGUCUUCCAUUAGUAAAGCUGCAGUAAAGAAACAGUGGCAGAUUAAGGCAGCAACUGUGUAUAGAAAUUUCAUUGCUAAAAUCAAAGAGAAAGGGAUUAGGCAUGAUUUUACACAUGAAGAUGUCUGGGAAAGCUGGCAGCAACUUUGGGCAGAUCCUAAGUCAUAUUACCAAGCUACCGAAGGAGAAAAGAAGCGAAGAGUAUUUGGUCUUGGAUCUGAAGCAAAAGGCUACUACGGGCAAACUCUUUGUAUUUCUUGUGGAAAGACUUUAUCUUCAGCUUCACAUAAAUCGGUACCAGCUGCAGAUUAUGAUUUGGAUGAGUUUGUGAAGCGAUUGAUUUCCGCACUUAAAAAUCAACUUAUUCCUAUUGUCUUUGAGGAGGUACAGAAGUUGGUUUCUUCACGAUCAGUUGUGACACCUCCGGCUACUACUUUGGACGAUUUUGAUUCCUUAGAUGAUGAUUGCAAUGAUCUUGAUCAGUUGUGA